AUGAAUUCGAUUGUUAAAGUGGUUAUUUGCGUUGAAAAUAAUGUGUUUAGCAUCGAUUUGGCGUUUAGUUUAUUGCAAAGGAGAGUGUUUGCCGACAAUAAAUUGUUUUUGUGUAUUUUGACUACGAACGUGGAUGAAGUCAAAGAAAUGGCCGCGCAUGUAGAAAAAUGUUGUUUUUCCAAUAUGAUAAGUAAUGUUACAUUAGAAUGUAUAGUUAUUAUACUUGAUUUUAGAUUACUAUAGUAGGUAUUAUAGUUUUAACUUCUGAUCUUUGUAAAUCUUCUGAUCAAUCUUUCUUGAGUCUUCCUCGAGGUGUGCUCCUUAUAGCUUGCUUGAUGUGGGUUUCCAAUUCAUUGUUUUUAUAUAACAGUUUCGUUUUUUACUCUCCUCAUAUAUGGCCUAACUCAUGUAUCUUUUGUCGUUUUACGAAGCUUGUCAUUGGCAUAAAAGUUUUACAGAAAAAGCUCUUAAAGAGUAUGCUAGUAAAAGACUAUAGAGAAGUAUUAUAGUUCAUUUAGAAUUUCGCCGUAGAGAAGAGAUUAUAAUUGUCUUCUUCGAUAUCCCCUCACAAUAUAAUAAUUAGUAUAUACUAUUAGAAUUGACAGUGACCGAAGAUUGUCAAAAAGCAUUCCGUGACGCCGAUUACUUACUAUUGACUUCCAAUAAUCCAAAAUCCAAAGGCAUUGAACGUUUCCAGAAUCUGAAGCAUGUUUUUGAAAAGGUAAGUUAUAUUGUGUAGGUAAUGUGAGAAAAUCCGGGGUGCUCGUGAGCAAUAGUCGAGAACAAUUUUAAUUUUAACGUGCGUUUUUGCGAGUGUGCGUUAUCACUCCUCUACAGGGUUUGAUAUCCUGUGAUAUUUCGAUAUAUACCUGUUUAUCCUAAUACCUAUUACCUUCUUGCUCGCAUCAGGCCGCACUGUUCGACCAAUUGGCCAGACGGGACGCUCGGGUACUAAUGAUUGGUCCGAAAUCCAGCACUUGGCUGCAAAUUUUUGCCGAAGUCGCUAUUCAUCUGCCUGCUCACAAUUUUACCGGAUUAUCAAGGCACUACGUGAGCAAAGCCUUGGCGCUGAUUGCCCGGAAGCUCAACGUGAGCACAUUAGAUUUUAGAAUCACAGUCGUGUAUUUAUAUAAAGGGUCAUUCAAAUUUCAUGAUACAGUAAAAUUUUCCAUGAAAUACUUAUUUAUUUCUAAAAUGACUUAGGUAUGUAAAAACUUUUUGGAAUCAUAUAUUCUAAAAUAUUACAUUCUCCGCAAUUUUGUCACCCCUAUUUUAGGGGGUGAAAUGACUAUUUAAUCUUGAUUUCAAAUGGUCAGCCUAUAUUAAAGAUUCUUUAAAUAGAUAGUGUGAAUUAGUUUAAAUUAAUUUUGAUGUAGUAGAGCAUUAUUUUAGUGAUGACAGGAAACGCAACAUUUAAAAAGCUCUUCACUACUCUCCCCUUACCCAAACUAAAAAGUGAAAUAUCUCGUAAAUGGAUUGUCGGAAAUCAAAAGUGUCAACAGCAAAAUGUAUUUGAAUUAAUAUUACAUGUCUACAUCUAUCGAAUGUAUUUCGAAUUUAGGAUGUCGUUUGAAUUUUAAAUGUUAAUUAUUUUUGUUUACUUUUUUUAAACGCCUCUUUCAGUGUCAAGUACGGGACGUGUUGGGAGUGCGCGUUUGGGCCGAAAACUGUUUGGACAUAACGAACGGUGAAAAAAUCAUCGUGUUGGAGAAAAGUUUUAAUAAUUUUGAGGGUCCGCCAUCACACCUUCAACUGCGGGAUACGCAGAAAUUAACGAAACUAUUGCCUUCGGAUUGGAUCGACAAUUGCCUUACGCCACAGUGUGUACGUCAUCGUAUCUAUGGCCAGAAAUAAUACUCAUCUUAACGCGUUUUAUUUCAUCUUAAAAUACGAUAUAGUAUAUUAUAUGAUUUUUUUUUCUUUUUACAGAAAUCCGUACACGUGAACACCGAUAGACAUUGCGUCCUCUCUGCGGUGUGCGGUCACUUAACCGACUGGUGUCAGGGCACCGUCGACAGGACAGUGUGCAUGGUAACCGUUGUGCAAAGGCCCGGAAGGAUCGAAGACGGUAUUUAUUCGUCUUACCCUGUGACUGUCGACGAAUACGGUAACAUUUCCGUUGUCCGGGUAAAAAUGCCUUUUUUUUUUUGUUUCUAAUUUGAAUUGUUCGAAAAACUUCACUUGUUUUCCUCUGCAUUAAUGUGAUUUGUUAAAUGUAGGAUGUUAACGCGGAGUCUUUGCUGCAAGUGAAACUCUACAAAUUUUACCAAUAUCAACAAAGAAACCGAUAUCGAAUUCAUGAUUUCUUAAAUACCACCUCAAAUAAAACACCUUGA